UUUUUUUUUUAUUUCACAAUUUACAGAAUAAAUAAACAAAAAGCAAUGCCUAUUAUAAAAGCGACGUAUCCAGAUCUCAAUGAAUUAUCCAAAGUAGUAGGUCCAAUUGAUGGUAUAGAUUCAAAUAAGAAUGCGCCACCUUUAUGUGAAAAUAUAUUCGAUGUACAACGUAAUGAAUUAUUUAAUGUGCUUGAACGAUUACGAACUGUCUUUUGGAGUGAUGAAAUAAUAACACCAACAUCCGAUACAACAUCUUCAAUGGAGACGACAAUGGCUACUACACCAAUAUUAGAACAAAAUGUAGAACAUAAAGAGGAAGAGGAGGAUCUUUCGAUAGCGUCAACACAUUCAUUAAAACGAGCACGAUUAGAAUCGAAUGAAGAAGAUACAAAUUAUCUCUCAGAUGCUGAAUCAACCUUACACAUUAAUGGUAAAAAACGUGCAAGAUUACAAUCUCUAAAGCAAGUUGAAACAGCUAAAUUACACAAGCUAACAGAGACCAAGACAUCAAAACAAAACGCACACUUAACUUCAUCCUUUUAUAGUUUCAUGUCACUGUGGCCAUUAAAACUAUCUCUUGUACGCCAAAUCAAGACAGCUCACUAUAAUGAAUCGAAUUUUAUAGCUACAUUUGCAGACAUGUAUGAAACGAAAUCAAGAGAGCAAUGUCAACAUGUUAUAAUUUAUUUAAUACCUAUAGCAAAGGCGAUGAGAAGAGAAAACCUUGUCAACUUUUUAACUGAUAAACUAUCCUCAAUGUAAAUAAAUAAAUAAAUAAAAUGUGUAUAUAAUGUGAACAUUUCUUUUCUUUUUUUGGGACAAGAAACAGUAUAUAAAAUAUAUAUCCUGAUUCUAUUUUUAUAAUUCUACAAAGCUAUACUGGCUUUCAGAAUUAAUGUAUUAUUAAUCUGAAUAAGGAAAUGGAAUUCAUCUUUUUACUCUCGGUAUUUCUAAACUCUAAUCAGAAAGAAGACAAGAGAGCUGUACGAGCUAUCCAACCGCAUGUAAGCAAAAAAAAAAAAAAUAGGCUAACUAAAC